GCUCCGUCCCUCUCGUGCUCGCGCUCGUUCUUACUCCUUCCCUCGUCUGGUCCUAUUGCGGCGCACUUGUCACCGUUGUCGUCGUCGUCGUUUCUGCUAGUCGUCACGAUCACGAACGAGCAAUGGUCCGCUCAACGGAGACGCAUUUCGCGGUUAUAACGCGAUACGCCCGUUCGGGAAACGUCUCUCGCUCUCCGUUGUCCGCACGUUUGUAUAUGUGCACACACGUGUGUGUCCGGUCCGUGUGCGCGUAUAUGUGCAAAAAUACGUACGUAUAUGUGUGUAUGUGUGUGUACGUACGUGUACACGCGAUACACGAUGAUACGGAGCAAAGAGGAGCGGGUUUCGAUUUGCGCGUGCAGAAGGUGCAGGCUGGUGCGCGAAACUCCGCAACAGAAGCUCACCGGCGCGCGAUCUUCGCUUGUGGGAACCGAUCGCGGAUCCCGAAGGACUCACGGAAGCGCCGUCGACACGCGCCGCGGUUUUACAUGAUCGUCCUUGGCCCGUCCGAUUCGCCGCGCCCGUGGUGCGAACGGACGCAGCCGUGUUACCGGACCCGUGCACGUUUUCGCUACUGCGCGCUCUGCCGCGUCGUGCAGCCGCCACGCGGCGCCGUUGAUUGGGCGUCGCGCGCUGACCGCUCAGGCCCGUAUCAAAAAUCGUGGCGCGGAUCGAUGAAUCAGAAUUUUCUCGGAGAACGUUUCACAGCGAACAACUCGGUCGAACGGUACAAAAGACUGUCACAUAUGAAUUGACUGAAAUACGACAUAUUGAUUGAGGUGCGCCAUACAAAUGGUUGGCAGAUAAAAUGCUUAUCGUAAAAUCACUUCUGUUAUUCGAUAGAACUUGUAUGGAGCGAUACCAACGAUCGAGAGACACUUUCACCUUUGUACUUUAUCGUUACAUUUUUCUUUUCUUAAAGAUUGACAUUACGAAACUACGAGAUCGUUAAGCUAUUGUUAAAUUUAAUCAAUAUGAAAGGGAUCUGUUCGAGCUAGUGCUGUCUUAAUAUUUAAUGCAAGAAACUACAUCGUUUGAUAAUGUGUGUAGAUAUGUUUCGAAUUAAGUACAUUUUAUUCUGAAUAUUUAAUAUCAGAAUUGAUGAUUGAAAACAUUAACACAUAAAACGACUUAAUUAAAUUUAGAAGUUAUUUUGAAUGUAACGGGUGUGUGGUAAAGUACUACAGCCCUGCUCUCAAGAAUCUCGUGCGAUUUCUUAUCGGCACUUUUUUAUAUCUCGCACGAAGUAGUGUUCAAAGUGUUACAGACGUACUUCUUAAUAUUAUUUCUUUCGAUCGAAAAGACAACGCACGUGUACAACCGGAAUAUCUUUUAUGAUUCUAUUUCCAGAAGAGGGGAUCGCAUACUACGUUCUCGUUAAUUCUACGUAUCGAUUUUUCCUUAUUGAUAAUCAAGGUCAGCGCGAUGCGCGUUACAUUAUGGUGUGAUCGUGGAAAAUGAGAGAGAAAAUGAGAAAGCAUAUUACUUUCACAUUUAUAUGUAAAUUAAAGAAUUAAUUUUUAAAUGGUCAAAUGAAAAAGAAUACAACGUUAUUUGGAAAAAAAUUAAGUAAUUGUAAAGAAAUCGUCGCAAGCAGUAAAAGAAAAUUAAUUAAUGAACGUCAUUUUAAAAAGAUGUAAAGAAUCCGGGAUAUCCGGUGAAGUAUUAUCACUCGGAUCUACAUUCUCAUUUCAUUUCAAUUAGCACAUAUUGUUCUCGCCAUUAUUUGCAUUAAUUAAAAGAAAUAUUCUUUGCCACAGGAAUUUACCAUCUUUAAUAAACUCAUUGUUCGAUAAAGACAUUCGUUGUAUCUACAAAAAAGUACACAAGAUUAUUUGUCCUUCGAUAGACAGGAAUAUAACUUUUGUCAGAAAUAAUAAACAUGGCAAACAAGCUAUAAAAAGUGAAUGAAUGAUUACGUACGAAGUCAUUCUUUUUAUCAGUGAUUCUGUAACUAAUAUUAACUGAUAACAGUUUCCAUACCAUGGAUCGAAUGACAUGCAACAAUGAUAUCAUUCAGUAAUCGUCUUGAUAACGAAAAGGACGAAAGUGCGCUUAAAGUGCUUUAAAUAACUGCAAAAUUUGUAAGAGAUAUAUAUACAAUUUUAAACUUUGAAUUUUGAACGCGUGUGUGUGAAAUAUCUUUGUGUGUGGAGUGUCUCCAUCGUUUACAAUUCGCUUAGAAAAUUUAGUUUUUAUUUGCUAAUAGUUUAUAAUGAUUUCUCACUUGAGUGCGUGCUGGGAACUCGUUCCAACCUGGAUCAGUAGUGAGUAAAAAAGCUGUGCGAAAGGUUUUCCUCGUCGUGCGUAAGAUGUUCUCCGACUAUCUGCCCUUCACGAUCAAGUACUUUUGGCAUAUACUGAUUGUCGCCGUGUCACUCGUCCUGUUUAACAAAUUCUUCAAAUGGCCAAGCGCACGAAGUAUGACGCAAGAAUUCACAGCAUCUGACGAAUCCACGGAUCCGAGUGAAAAAGUGUGCGAAAAGUUGCUCGAAGAGAAUGAAGAGGAGCCUGCAUUACCAAGAGACCUCAAGCACAUACCGUAUCAGUAUGUCAGAUUAUCUGAAAAAGAAUUGUUGGCACGAGCAUUAGAAUUCUAUCAACUAGCCGCUGCGAGACGGACUUUAAGAUUCUUCAGCGCGGAUCCUGUUCCGAAGGAAAUUAUUCACGAAAUUAUAAGAACCGCAGGCACCGCUCCCAGCGGCGCGCAUACAGAACCAUGGAGCUUCGUCGUGGUGUCUAAUCCAACUGUAAAAUCGAAAAUUAGAAGUAUCGUGGAGCAAGAGGAGGAAAUUAAUUAUAAGAAAAGGAUGGGAGUAAAGUGGACGACCGAUUUGUCGCCACUGAAGACUGACUGGAUAAAAGAGUACCUGACUGUCGCUCCGUAUCUGAUACUUGUGUUCAAGCAGACCUACGGUACUCUGCCAAAUGGAAAGAAGAAGAUCCAUUAUUAUCACGAGAUGAGCGUUUCCAUAGCAUGUGGAAUCCUUAUUACCGCCAUACAGUGCGCCGGUUUGGUAACUCUUACAUCUACGCCGUUGAACUGCGGGCCUGCUAUACGCAGUCUUCUUAAUCGUCCACCCAACGAAAAGCUCGUGUUACUAUUACCAGUCGGUUAUCCAGCCGAAGAUGCCACUGUUCCCGAUUUGCAACGAAAACCUCUCUCUGAGAUUUUAGUUGAGAUUGACUAGAAGAACAUGAGACGCGGCGAAUUGAUGAGACCAUUGCUUUAACAUAAAUACUCGAUACGUUGCAAAAUUUCCCGAUUUUCUUAUCAUUUAGAAACCGAAAGUGUGGGAGUAUCUGAAAUAAAUAGUCAAACAUACAUUUAUGUUAGUGUUAUUUUUAUGAAAAAAUGUUAUAUUUUUCGGAGAUACUAACUUUUUUAUCUUACAUUACAUAUUUUGUGGAUAUCAAUUAUUUACUAUAAUAGAAUAUGUAGUAUUCCUUGGCUUAAAAUAUCACUGCCAAUAUUACAAAGUAACCGUAAUGUCCAAAAAAGAAGAGCUAAUCCCUGAAAUAUAGCACCUGUUCGAGUCGUGUCGUUUGUUAUAUUUCUCUCUCCUGCAGUUGAAAAAUGUACAAUGGCACGCAAUGAGACUGUUCUAACUUAGUAAUCCGGUUUGUAUAAACUAGUGUUUAUUCAAAUUUGCAUACAUAAUGUUAAAAAUAAGCGAUAUAAAAUGUAAAUUCCAUUAAUUUAAUUAAAGAACUGAAAAGUUAAUCAUAGUUCUUUUGCAUGGUGUAUAUAUCUAACACUAAUAUAAUUAGGUCGUAAAAUUGUAAAAUUGAAACGAGGCUUCACAUUAACAAAUACCAAAUAUAUCACCACAGUUUCUUAAAAUUAAGUACAUUCAAUAUAUAAAAUACAAAAAUACUGAGUUAAAUGACGAAGAACAUGUAGAAUAUAAUUUUUUUGCAGUUCUGCAAUCUGCAUAUGACAGCUAUGUCGCUACUAGUAGCUAUGUCAUUAAGUGUAAAAGCUUUAGUAUCAUGAUACAUACAGAGAAACAGAUAAUAUUCUAUUUAUUACUAUUCAUGGAACAAAUACUAUUAAUAUUAUUUUCUAGAAUAUGAAUUUUCCUUUCGUUUUCGCAUUUAUUUUUUUUUUUUUUUUUUUCUUCCCUUAUGAAGCUUGGUCAGAGCCAAGUCGAUAGCGAGGAGCUAAGAGUUUAGUAUGAAAACUCGAGAUCGCCAAAUUUUCGCCGAAAUUUAAGCAAUUGUAAAAGUUCCGAAAGCAAUCAAACUUGGAAAUAGUCAUUGACUAAGGGUAGAAUAGUCUAGAACUAGGAGAGUAUUGUCCUAUUUAGCGAUCCUCGACUAAUUCUCUAUCGUUCGUUUACAUUAGUAAUAUCGCUGUAAAGAGUAUAUAUAUGUCAGUUUCUAAAAUGAGCAAAAAAUACACUUUAUUCAGUACGAAUGUAAAAUCUAACACCAUCGGUAAAUCGAACUCCGUCUUUGUCUUUAAAAUUAUUAAUCUCUUUGUUCGUUCCUUACAAGAAUCCACUGACAGUCGAUUACGACGUAUCUUUUAUACAUAUCUAUCUGUAGAAGCUAUUUCGAUUAAAUUAUAAAUACGUGUUUCCUUACAUCUUUAUCUCGUUGAGAUCAACCAGUGCCUGAGAUAUCUAACGUAGUAUGUUAUAAUAACGUAAUUAUUAAUAUCCUAAUUAUUAGCGGUAUUAUUAACAUUAUUAUUACCAUUAACAUAAUUUAACGAGGGGAGCAGGAGCUGAUGAUCAAAUGGAAAUUUCGUAAUAAAUAGUAAUCGAU